AGCUCCCUCCGGCUGGCAGUGCGGUCCGCGCCUGCGCUGGCUCUCGCCUCGGAGCAGCCAUGAUGGAAGGCCUGGACGACGGCCCCGACUUCCUCUCAGAGGAGGACCGCGGACUUAAAGCAAUAAAUGUGGAUCUUCAAAGUGAUGCUGCUCUGCAGGUGGAUAUUUCUGAUGCUCUUAGUGAGAGAGAUAAAGUAAAAUUCACUGUUCACACAAAGAGUUCAUUGCCAAAUUUUAAACAAAACGAGUUUUCUGUUGUUCGACAACAUGAGGAAUUCAUCUGGCUUCACGAUUCCUUUGUUGAAAAUGAAGACUAUGCAGGCUAUAUUAUCCCACCAGCACCACCAAGACCUGAUUUUGAUGCUUCAAGGGAAAAACUACAGAAGCUUGGAGAAGGAGAAGGAUCGAUGACAAAAGAAGAAUUCACAAAGAUGAAGCAGGAACUGGAAGCUGAAUAUUUGGCAAUAUUCAAGAAGACAGUUGCAAUGCAUGAAGUGUUCCUAUGUCGAGUGGCAGCACAUCCUAUUUUGAGAAAAGAUUUAAAUUUCCAUGUCUUCUUGGAAUAUAAUCAAGAUUUGAGUGUGCGAGGAAAAAAUAAAAAAGAAAAGCUUGAAGAUUUUUUUAAAAACAUGGUUAAAUCAGCAGAUGGAGUAAUUGUUUCAGGAGUAAAGGAUGUAGAUGAUUUCUUUGAGCAUGAACGAACAUUCCUUUUAGAAUAUCAUAACCGAGUUAAGGAUGCAUCUGCUAAAUCUGAUAGGAUGACAAGAUCCCACAAAAGUGCUGCAGAUGAUUACAAUAGAAUUGGUUCAUCAUUAUAUGCUUUAGGAACUCAAGAUUCUACAGAUAUAUGCAAGUUUUUCCUCAAAGUUUCAGAACUGUUUGACAAAACAAGAAAAAUAGAAGCACGGGUGUCUGCUGAUGAGGACCUCAAACUUUCUGACCUUUUAAAAUAUUACUUAAGAGAAUCUCAAGCUGCUAAGGAUCUCCUCUACCGGAGGUCUAGGUCACUGGUGGAUUAUGAAAAUGCUAAUAAAGCACUAGAUAAAGCAAGAGCGAAAAAUAAAGAUGUUCUGCAGGCUGAAACUUCCCAACAAUUAUGUUGUCAGAAAUUUGAAAAAAUAUCUGAAUCUGCAAAACAAGAACUUAUAGAUUUUAAGACAAGAAGAGUUGCUGCCUUCAGAAAAAAUUUAGUAGAACUGGCAGAGUUGGAACUGAAGCAUGCUAAGGGUAACCUACAGUUGCUGCAGAACUGUCUGGCAGUGUUAAAUGGAGACACAUAAGCCACUGUCCGCCUUCCUGUUACAAAGGGCUGCCUUCCUUCAAAACUUUUUUUUUUUUUUCAUAAUUUAGGCCUUUGUGCUCACUGGAAACAAAAAACAGCUGACAAGAGAGUCUUGCUCUUUUCUGAGCAACAGUGGUGUGGCGCUGUGCACAGGCAAUGCUGGUCUAUGUGGGGAGCAGCGCUUUGGUCCUAGAUUGCCGUCCAUCACUGGCCUACUCAGAAGUCCAAAGUUCCUUCUUUUCCAGAGUAGCCUCUGUAACUGUGUUUAUGUUAUGAAUGGUAUUCCUUCUGGCUGCCAAUCUUAUUUACCUUUAAAAUAAUUUCUGAAGUUUAACCCUUUCAAAGUGCAUCAUUCAAAUAAGAUAAAAAAUACCUUUCUUGAGUUUGGGGGUUUUGUUUUUGUUUUUUCUUUUUACUUUGGUUACUUUGUUUUUAAAAGGCAUAGUAUACUACCUUAGUUCAUUCAUGUAUCCUGGUAAAGCAUUCUAACCAGACUUAUUUUUGAUUAAUGAAUAUUUCCUAGAUGUUUUGGGACAGACUUUAUGUAAUCUCUAUGAUUUCUGAAGCAAAGCAAUUGCAUUAUUAGUAUGUUUGCCUUAAACUUGUAGACUAAACCAAUUACUGUAAAAAUAAACAGCGAUAACAUUGA